GCGUUGGCUUCAGAGAUGGCAGUGAGCGAGAGGAGGGGGCUCGCCCGCGGGAGCCCCGCGGAGUGGGGGAAGCGGCUACUUCUGCUGCUGCUGUUAGGCGGUUGCUCUGGGCGCAUCCACCGGCUGACGCUGACGGGGGAGAAGCGAGCAGACAUCCAGCUGAACAGCUUUGGCUUCUACACCAACGGCUCUCUGGAGGUGGACCUGAGCCUCCUGCGGCUGGGCCUCCAGGAGACAGAUGAGAAAGCCCCAUUGGUGGGGUUCAGCCUGACCCGUGUUCGAUCUGGCAGUGUUCCUUCCUAUUCAAGCCGGGACCCUCACGACUGUCCUCUCCGGAAAAACAGUAGCAACCUCCUGGCUGUCUUCCUCAUCAACACCAAGGAUUUGCAGGUCCAGGUACGAAAGUAUGGGGAACAGAAGAAGCUGUUCAUCUCUCCCGGGCUCCUCCCCGAAGCGCCCUCCGAACCAGAGCUCCCGAAGUCAGAGCACAGGGUCAACCCCAAGGUGGAUGGCGGGACCACUACUGCACCCAACAAGGCCAAGUUGAAACCCACAGGGUCACAAGCCGACCAGCAGGGCAUUGCUGGAAAGGACCAGGACCUGGUGUUGGGCCUGGGCCAUCUCAACAACUCCUACAAUUUCAGUUUCCACGUGGUGAUCGGCUCGAGGGCCGAGGAAGGCCAGUACAACCUCAACUUCCACAACUGCUACAACUCGGUGCCGGGCCAGGAGCAGCCGUUCGACAUCACGGUGAGCAGGGGUGACGAGGGUGGGCAGCAGGUUCGCGGAGCGCUCACUGCAGGCCAGGUGCUCCGUGCCCAUUUGGGAGACGGGAAGACUGAGGCUCAGAAACAGGGAGUCGGCCAGCGAGAGAGCGGGAGAGCCGCAGACUCACACUCAGGGCCCCGCAAGUCUGGAGCUAGCACGCAAUCCCCCUGCCCACCGCUGUCCCCUCCCCAGGUAAUGAUCCGGGAGAAGAACCCCGAGGGCUUCCUGUCGGCGGCGGAAAUCCCCCUCUUCAAGCUGUACAUGGUCAUGUCCGCCUGCUUCCUGGCCUCCGGCAUCUUCUGGGUGUCCAUCCUCUGCAAGAACACGUACAACGUCUUCAAGAUCCACUGGCUCAUGGCAGCCCUGGCUUUCACCAAGAGCGUCUCUCUCCUCUUCCACAGUAUCAACUACUACUUCAUCAACAGCCAGGGCCACCCCAUCGAAGGCCUCGCUGUCAUGCACUACAUCACACAUCUGCUGAAGGGCGCCCUCCUCUUCAUCACCAUCGCCUUGAUCGGCUCUGGCUGGGCCUUCGUCAAGUACAUCCUGUCCGACAAGGAGAAGAAGGUCUUUGGGAUCGUGAUCUCGCUGCAGGUCCUGGCCAACGUGGCCUACAUUGUCAUCGAGUCCCGUGAGGAGGGCACCAGCGACUACGGCGUCUGGAAGGAGAUCCUCUUUCUGGUGGACCUCAUCUGCUGCGGCGCCAUCCUCUUCCCCGUGGUCUGGUCCAUCCGGCAUCUCCAGGACACGUCUGGCACUGAUGGGAAGGUGGCAGUGAACCUGGCCAAGCUGAAGCUGUUCCGGCAUUACUAUGUCAUGGUCAUCUGCUACAUCUACUUCACACGGAUCAUCGCCAUCCUGCUGCGGGUGGCCGUGCCUUUCCAGUGGCAGUGGCUGUACCAGCUCUUGGUGGAGGGCUCCACUCUCGCCUUCUUCGUGCUCACGGGCUACAAGUUCCAGCCCACAAGGAAUAACCCGUACCUGCAGCUGCCCCAGGAGGACGAGGAGGAUGUGCAGAUGAAGCAAGUAAUGACCGAUUCUGGGUUCCGGGAAGGCCUGUCCAAAGUCAACAAAACGACCAGCGGGCGAGAGCUGUUGUGAUCAUGUCCCUGCCUCGGACACUCCUUCAUCCCCCUUCAUCCCCCUCUCUUCACACAUUCCCUGCUCCGGCUUCUCCCAAAGAGCGUGUGGCGAGGAGGGGGCCAGUGCUCACAAGGCAUCCAGCUCCCUGGGACCUGAGUUCCUGGAGCCCAUUCAGAAGAAGACAGACAGCCCCCCUCCCUCACAGAUGUUGAGCACCCUGUCCCCACUUGCAACUGUACAAUAAUGACCGAUCUGUUUUGCUACUCCA